AUGACAUCGGUGAUCGAUUCUCAAGCAGCAUUCAAAGCGCGAGCAAAGGAGCUCAACAUGCAGGCAGAUGUGAUGCAGGGUUUGGAAGGCAAUGGAUUCAGCACGCCUGGCCAGAAUAUCACCGAUGACCAACUGCAGGAUUUCCUUAACAACCUUGGUUGGACCCGAGUGCCCCUGGCGCAGCUCGCUAUUUUGAAGCGGCUCAUCUUUGAGGCCCACGCAUUGAUCAUCCACAGCUUGAAGGACAAGGUUGAGGCUACUGACCAGGCACCAGUGCGAAAGCUCAAUGCUGCUGCGCGUGACGAUCGCAUUUCCAAGCAAGCGGCGCGUCUGGCUGGCGCUCGAAUGAAGGGAGAAUUGGAGGUGGCACACUGCGUGAUCGACGCUGUCAAUCAUCAGCUCGAGCAGCGCCAGCUCAAGUAUCUCGCUCCUCACAAACGCAUCAAGCGGGAGACCGAGCUGACUGGAUCGAAACCUCAGCAACGGAUCUUCUUGGACAAUGGUUCAUUGGCGAUCAAGGACCAGGAGCUGCACCUCGCCUGUGAUGCAGGCACCGAGCUUCAGGCUUUCCACGCCCUUCAGAGGCGCGCCCUGGCCUACGAUGCUUGCGACAUGCGGACAUAUGAUGUGUCCAUGGAGUGGAUCCAGCGGGCCGAUUUUGGCUUUGACCCAGUGGGCGACAUUGAGAUGCGCAAGGAGAUCUCUAAGUUGCUAUGCGUGCGGGAGAGCUCGCGUAUGCAGCCAAAAUGCCAAGAGCAGAACCGGCAGGACGCCAAACUGGGCGUACAACAAGGACUUGCGGAUGCGCGUGUAGAAGCAUAUGGGGCCGUGAUCGACCCUGCCUCGCAGACGCUGCGGAUCCGCCCCGGAAAGGCCACAACCACGCCUCCCGCGACGCCUGAAGAGCUUCGGCUGCGUCACCGGAUGGGGCUAGCCUGGGAUUUUGCGCGAACCCGUCAUUCGACCAGAACUUGGCUACCACAGUCAUGCGUGGACACCUUUCGACUGCUCUCGGACCAUGUGCUUGGCUCCCAUGUGGCAGGUGUGAAGUUGACGGCGGAUGGCUAUGAACUUGAGCUGCGUAAAGCUGCCUACCGUUUUGUGCGCGAUGGAAAGAGUUCCUGUUUGAAUUCUGCCAUUGAGAAAGCCAUCGACUCCACCGACCUGUUGAACUUGCAUUUCAUUAUCCCUAUGACGCUCGGCAAGAAACAAAGCUGUCCAGGAGAAGAGGAGGUUGCUGCCCCGCCGCCGCCUGCUCCCCAUCCGGCAGGCAGGGGCGCCAAAGGCAGUGGCAAAAGCAAGCAGAUGUCUUCGUGGGAGCGCCAAUGGGGAAAAGCGGCCCGCGCGCCAGAAGGCAAAUUGAUCUGCUUCAAGUACAACAAGCAAAGUGGCUGCGCUGCAGGCAAGACUUGCCGAUUUGAACAUGUCUGCCAGCGGUGCUUUCACCGCCACCCCUUCUUUGAGUGCCGCUACAAGCGCGAUGCAAAGCAGCUGGGCAAAAGUGUGGGAGACUUCCGCGAUGAACAAGACUGUGAAGAAGCUGCUGGUUUGCGUGAAGUCUACAGUUCUACAGACGGGCAGAACACAGUUCAGGCUGAAGAUUGGCGCUGGGAGCGUACUGGUGAAGGCGUGUGGGAACCGCGUAGCUUUGAAGUGGCUGAAGACAGUUCUGAUGAGGACGAAGAUGGCCACGUCAAGCCACAGCUGGGAGAUGGAGUCUGGGGCAGGGGGCCCCCACUGACCGCUAGAAUGUUUGGGAAAAGGGUGCCAUUUUGCGAUGGUUUCGGCUUGUGCUCACCGGGAAGGUGGUGUCCGAGCAGGCGGAGAUGCGCCGGGGACAUGCCGUCGCUGGGAUUCGCCGAAAGUCUUGGCAAGGAGCUCCUGAAGAUCCUAGUGCGGCGCGUGGACCUAGUAAGCUUAGCUGCAAAGCUGUCGCGGGGCAAGGUCUCAGACAACCCGUUCAGUUCGGAAGUGUUGGUUGAAGGACGUGAGCUUCUUUUUACUGCGUUGGAAUAUGCCGGGGCCAAGCUCCCGGUGAGGGAGCGAACAGAGGGGCAGCCCUUUUACAUGGCGGCGAUGGAGGAGCUGCUCCGCCUUUCCGGCGAUCCUGACAGUAGAGUUUUCUUUUCUUCCAGUGUGUCUUUCGCAAAGGGUGUGCGUCUGGUGCCUGGGGUGUGCCUACCGCGGGUGCCUUCAGUCUUUGAGAAAAAGGAGAAGUGGCGGAAAUAUGAUAGUGGGUUCUGCGAGCCUGGAGCUGAGCGGGAAAACUAUUUGUCUGCAAGGGAGUACGCGGGCGAAGUCCAACAGCAGUUCCAGGCGGAGGCAGCGCUGGGUGCCAUGGUCGGGGUGACCACGGCAGAGGCCCGAGCGCAAUUUGGAAAGCAGCUAGCUGUUGCUUCCUUGGGCACGCUCGAAAAGAAGGAUGGCGCGUAUCGAGUCGUGCACGACGGCGCCAAUGGGAUCACAGUGAAUUCUGCUAUUCGGGUGCGUGACCAAAUACGUUCACCGGGUGCUGGCGAGCUUCGCGCUGCGCUCCAAGAGCUACCUGGGCAAUGCUUUGGAUUGACUGGAGAUGUGGAGCGUGCGCAUGGGCUCGUGAAGAUCGCAGCGGCCGACUGGGGAUUGCAAGCGCGCAAAACUGGUGUUGGUGGACGUGACAAGCUCUGGUUGAAUAAAGUGGGUACAUUUGGAAUUUCGAGUGCAGCAUACCACUGGUCACGAUUAAUGUCGGGACUCGGCCGUGCAGCUUUUUACUUGCUUGGGAAAAGGGAGAUCUUCAUGCUUGUCUAUGUAGAUGACCUCUUGUGGCUGGCGCACAACGACAAAGAUAGUGUGCAGAUGGUACCUUUCUUGGGGCCAGUUUACGCGUGGGUAGCCUCCUUGGACCAUCGUCGUGCCUACAAAGUGCCCCGAGCGAUCUCCUUGAUCUUCAAGUUCCUGGCGAAGGCGUUAGGUGGAGGCGGCAGGCUAACUUCUGCUGGGAAGGCGCACGCCGUCGAAAAGGAGCUCUUCAGAACUGAUGCAAAAGCCGAGGGCAACGAAGUCUGGAUCGCAGGUUGGGCUCUAGAUUCUGAGAACACCAAGCAGUGCAGGUGGUUCUCCGAGCGGCUGGACCAUGUUACUGCGCCUUGGGUGUACAUGGCUGGCGAAGCUUAUCGCCAAAUCGCAUCGCUGGAGCUUCUAGCAACGCUAGCGGCGGUGACGUUGUUUGGUGUACCACCCGGAGAGGCAUGCGGAUUCCACUGCUCAGCCGCUACCGACAACAGAGGAAACAGCAACCUCGUGUCGCGGCUUCUGGCCACAAAAUUCCCUCUGUGCAUCUUGCUGAUGGAACUUGCCGCGCAGCUUCAAGACAGGGGAGCGGAGCUUAGACUACAUUGGCUGCCACGGCUGCAGAACGAGGACGCGGACUCCCUCACAAAUGGCGACUACAGGUUUGGUUUGCAAGAUCUCAUGCGCGCAGGAAUGGACCUUUAUGAGGAAGUGCGUGAUUCUCGAGCCCAUAAGAAGGCCGAGGGCAUUUCAAAGCGUCCCAAGCAUUCCUCUUUGCGGACCACUGACCCUUGGCAGUGA